CUGUGGAAGGACAGGGCUGUGGAAAUGGAGGCAAUCGCUAUUGUUUCCAUGAUGUUACAACGAGUACCUGCCUCCCCCACCUCACAGAUGUGUGCAGCCUGCAAAUGCUGUCUCCAUACCAUGCUCCCUGUUGUAUGUUCCUGCCAGCUGCUGCUGGCUUAGUCCUGGGGGAGCUUCUUGACUCCCCACCCCCUGAGCUUCAGUGAUUUUCUGGGUGUCCGAGAACAGGCAGGUGCCUGGAACAGACAGCAGAAGACUGUUCAGAGGGACAGAAGCAGCCCGGAGCCUGCCUGGUUUGUUCCUUCCCGAGAAGGAGAAGGAUGCUCCCGGCCGUAGCCAGCGGCAGGGAUGCUGGGUUGCUAGGAGACAGGUGAAGAGAGAGGACCGAUGUGCAGAGGCGGGACGCUCAGGUACCUGCUGCCCUCUGGCAAACGCUGCCCAGGAAUGGCAGGAGGGACAGUGGCGGCUGCGCCCGGGCUGCUGAGGUGGCCUGGAGCCCGAGAGCAGCCGGCUGCAGGACGGGGACUCCGGGACAGGCCCGGAGCGGGGAGCUGCGGCGGAUGCUGAAGCCCAGGCAGAGCCCUGCCAGGCUCCGGAUCGGAUGCUGGAGCUGCCGGCUCCCUUUGCUGCUCCCGAGCCCUGCCGGUGCUAACUCCGCUCCCCGGGACUGACCGUCCCCUCUGAGCCCCGCCGCCAUCCCUAUGUCGGAGCAAAACAGCACCAGUGAUGGUGAUGCGGAUCCCCAUCACAGCAUGUCUAUGCUCUUGCUACUCGUGCUGGUCUUCUUCAUCAUGGGACUUGUAGGGUUCCUGAUCUGCCAUGUCCUGAAGAAAAAGGGUUAUCGCUGUCGGACCUUUCGCGAUGAGCUAGACCUGGAGCACAAGGAGGUGCUGACGGAGCUGCAGGCCAACGAAGAGGAGGAGCUAAACGAGGACACGGUGGAGAAGAUAGUGAGAUGUAUCAUUCAGAAUGAAGCAAAUGUGGAGGCCCUGAAGGAGAUGCUGGGGGACAGUGAAGGGGAUGUGCCGGUGCCAAUGCUCAGCCUUUGUCCACAUCGUAACAGCCAGGAUGGGGGCCUGCCACAUCACCAUACGGUGCAUCUGGGCUCCACACAGACACCAUGCAUUCACUGCAGCAAGAGGAAGAGGCCCCCACUGCAGCGCCAAGGCAGAUCCAAGGACGGCAAAGGCAAGAUGCACCCUAGAGAGACCACGGUCUUCUCCGUGGGCAGGUUUCAUGUGACCCACAUUGAGAAGAAGCCCAUUUUCCCGGAACAGCAGGAUGUGUUGCUUCCUGAUGGCAGCAAGGAAGCUGGGGCCAGAGACCCGGCGGCCCACAGCAAUGAACAGCUCCAUCAGGAGGGUCUGCACAAUGGAACCAUCCAGACAGAGGAUUGUCCAAAUGGAACAGGCCAAGGGGAGGAUCCUCCUAAUGCACCAGUCAAGGCAGAUGCUCCCACCAAUGGGCCAGUGGGGAAGAGGUUCGGUAAGACAGGUUCACUGCAGGACGUUGACCUCCAAGACCUUACCCCAGGGAAUGGACAUGACCAAAGCAAGGGGGAGGGGCUUCAGGCCCCAGGAAUGCAGGGUGCUGGAGCCCCUGCAGAUUUGCAGGAGGAGGUGAAGUGGGCUGAGCCACACGAUGCCGUGCAGGAGGAGACUGUGCCAGGGGCAGCUAAUGAAACGGCAGAAGUUAAAGGAAGCCAAGGUGUGCAAGAAGGAACCCGAGCUGCCAUGGCAGGAAACAAGGAUGCCAGCAGGAAAGAAUCUGGAGUGGAGGACAUGGGGCAACAGGAGCAGAACUCUGUGGCGCACAACCCAGGAGUGACUGUGUGACCUCUCUCCAUUCCCACACAGACACAGCCAACCUAAGGCAGGCUCAGCGCGAGGAGCUGAGUAGGGACAGUAGAGGCAAGCCCUGGCCCAGAAGAGCUAAACUACACUUGGCAUGGCCAGAGCAACGCAUGGAUGCGCUGCUUCAUUAAACAAAUGACUACUUGGCGACAGACUCAUACCCAUCGGCAAUAGUCAUCGGAGCUUCCAGCCCCCCAUGUGCCCCACCUCAGAGUGCAGGCUGCCCCAUGCCCUGGGGACACCCCACAUUUGGCCCUCUGGGGAACUCUUCCACUCCCACAGCCAGACUGGCACUGGUAGGAAAUCACCAGCCCCAUGAGCUUGGCAUGGACAUGCUGGGCGGGCCCAGCUCCGCAACCUGCACCCUGCUGCUAUACAGAUCUUCCCAGCUCCACCAACUGACUGGGCAGGACGCCCGCUCUGUGAGCCUGCCUAGCUGGGGCACUUGGACCGGCUCAGCCCUGCACUUCACUCUGGGGCUCGAGGGACUGAGCCAUAGACACUUGGCUCCAGUCCAAGCUCCACCUCACAGCCAUGGUGCUUCAGCGACACUCACCCUCCCAAGGGGUGACCCAGGGCCCAGUGCUUCUGAGUCAUUCGUGGUUCUCAGCUCGGAGCUCACUCCUUGGAGGAUCCGCUCUGCCCUCUCCUAGCGUCUGCCAUUUCAAGCAUAACCCGCGUUGUCUCAAACAGACCAGGGCUGGGCACCCCCUAGGAAUUGCCAUUCUGAGACAGCUAGUGAAUGCAAAGGGGCCAGAGCUGGGAUAGCGCAGCCUAUGUCAAGCCCAGGGCAAGGACUCACACACUAACCAGCACCGGCUGCUGUGAGCAGCCUUAGCAAGCCAAGCCCAGCAUGGCAGCAGCAGUGUGUCUGCACCAGCCCCUGCCUAGAGAGCUAAGUGCCAUGCAGAGCACAGCAUCUGGUGCAGCUCAGGCAGAGUCUGUCUGUGUGUGGCCCCACCAAAGCAAGCUGAGACAGACAGUCACUACCUCCGGCAGAGGGCACUGCCCAGACUACCACCAGCCAAGGACUGGCAGAGCUGGUACGGCAGUCUCUCUGUGAGGACAGAGCCACAAAUGGCACCAUCUCCUAAGCAGCUCCUUGCACAGCUGCUGCCCAAUGAGCAGAGGAGAGCUGCCUGGAUCAGCUCUGCUGUGGGACUCCAGGGCAGGGGACCUUGGCCAUGGCCUGGGACAGACCUUGUGGAAGUGGCUUUCACCCAGCCCUGUAGCAGAGGGGCAGGAGCAACCUGCUCUCCACAGCCUAGCUAGGAAGAAGGGGUCAGAGCAGGAUGGAAGCAGCUUCCCUGUAGCUACAUUGGUGUCUGUUAUAGUGUAGUGUGUGGGUGGUGACCAGAGCAGCGCGCAGCCCAGCUACAGGGGCCCAGCUUUGGAGUUUAACCCCACUGUGAAUAGACAAGCUGAAACCAUUAAAGCUGCUGAGCACA